AUGGGCGAGCUGCUGCGGCUUUCAGACUUUGACUCCUUCUUUAACUUAGCCAGGGAUUCCUCGAUCACCUUAUGGGGUUCAGCUCUAGCAAAGAAGUCAGCUAGGGUUUCAGGCUCCCGCCCUUGCAACUCCUUCCAAAAGUCUGUUCCGGGCCUUACCCCUGCUAUCAAGAAGUUCUUCAGGAUUUUUGCGAACACUUAUCAUCCUCAAACAAAUGGGCAAGCUGAGGUAUCUAAUCGUGAAAUUAAGCGAAUCUUAGAGAAAGUUGUGAGUCCUUCGAGGAAAGAUUGGGUGUUAAAACUUGAUGAGGCCGUCUGGGCCUAUAGAACGGCUUAUAAGACUCCAUUGAGGAUGUCACCUUUUCAGUUGGUUUAUGGAAAAGCAUGUCAUUUGCCUGCUGAGUUAGAGCAUAAAGCAUAUUGGGCUUUGAAGAAAUUAAACUUUGAUAUGACAGCUGCUGGUGAGAAGAGAAUGCUUCAGAUUAAUGAACUCGACGAGUUUAGGCUUCAGGCGUAUGAGAACAACAAGCUUUACAAGGAAAAAGUCAAGAGAUGGCAUGAUAGAAAGUUGGUGCAAAAGGAGUUUUUCAUUGGCCAACAAGUGUUGCUUUUUAAUUCUCGUCUCAGACUAUUUCCUGGGAAGUUGAAAUCUAGAUGGUCGGGUCCUUUCACAGUAAAGAAGGUGUUUUCACAUGGUGUUAUAGAAAUUUAUGAAACAACAACGGAGGAAUCAUUUAAAGUGAAUGGACAAAGAGUGAAGCCAUAA